UCCUAACGCAGUGGUUCAGGGGUUCGGAACGUUGUCAAGUCUUAAGAAUAUUUAAAUUUGUUGGAACGGGAAGGUGUAGCAAGUGAUAAUAUGCUAAUGCUAAUGAAAAACCCUGAUUUUUUACAAAUCAUGAGAUAGGCGUUUUUUAUUUGCGAACGGAUAAGCCCUACAUUACAUCAUGGUUAACCAUUACAAUCCGACUUUUGUGCAGAAAGUGACGUAUUAUGGAAUGUAGCAAAUGAAAACAAGGAUAAUGAAACCUGUUCCUCGCCCAUCCACAUCCGUGAAAGCCGUGUGCCCUUCAAUGUGUAGGCCAUAGAUAACUGAGAGAAUUAAUGAUGCUUAGCGGGUGGUAUUGGUGAGUGUCUGGAAAAUUAUGCGAGCUUCGCGAAGGAUAAGUGUUUCCAUCGAAUCCCUGUGAGAAUGAGUAUCCGAUUGUAGGAGUGUACAGAUCAACACAUUUUCCGGGGUAGUGUAUGUAUGUGUGUGUUGUCGGAAAGUCAUGGUAACGGUUCAAGCUCACGGCAACUGAUUCGCUCUUCGCAGUCUUGGAGUGCUGUUACAAUGUAUGAGAAACCAGGCCGCUGAAAAAAAGGCUCAGUGUUCAUGUUCAGUCGUGCUCAAACCAGUCUGUGCUAAUGAUAUUUUGUGGUAAUAAAGUUUUGUGACGUCCGAAGGAAAUUAAAAACGGUUAGUGAUGAUGAGUGAUGUCUACGCAGAAAAUGAAGAAAAAGUAUUCUACAAGUGUGGAAAAUUCGAAUAGGUUAUUCGAUAUUUUAAUUGAAUUUGAUUGUAUCAUGAAUAUCGUCGAACAUACAGUAUAUGACCAUUGGAAUGAAAAAAAUGUUUAAAUAAUAGAUAACAUAUACAAAUGUGUUGUUACUUGAUUCGUUCUGAAGGCACGUUCAUGGUUUUCCACGCCAAAAUAGUUUCAAAUAUAUAUAGUAUGAACUUGUGAACGGGAUAAUUACAACGUUGCGAGAUUCGACAAUAUUCGCGAGAACGGGUUACACCAAAUUUAAAUCGAGAAUGAUCGCGUACAAAUAUGAUAUGUUGUUACAUAUAUUGGUGCACAUUUCAUUUUUAGUGCUAGUGUUGAAUAUUCAUGUUGUGAGCGGUUAUAAUCAAUUACAUAUCGGUGGAAUCUUUCCUAUUAACGGUAAAGGUGGCUGGCAGGGCGGUCAAGCCUGCAUGCCAGCUGCAAAAUUGGCACUCCAGGAUGUCAAUGAGAAGGAAGACCUCCUACCGGGAUUUAACCUGACGCUGCAUAGCAAUGAUAGCGAGUGCGAACCUGGACUUGGUGCUAGUGUUAUGUAUAAUCUGUUAUAUAAUGCACCCCAGAAGCUGAUGCUCCUAGCAGGGUGCAGCACCGUGUGUACAACUGUUGCCGAAGCAGCUAAAAUGUGGAAUCUUGUUGUUUUAUGCUAUGGUGCAUCUAGUCCUGCCUUAUCAGAUAGAAGUAGAUUUCCUACGUUAUUUAGAACGCAUCCAUCUGCCACUGUGCAUAACCCUACUAGAAUUAAAUUAAUGCAAAAGUUUGGAUGGUCGCGAGUAGCAAUUCUCCAACAAGCCGAAGAAGUGUUCAUUUCGACCGUCGAGGAUUUAGAGACUAGAUGUAAGGAGGCUGGUAUCGAGAUAGUGACGAGACAAUCAUUCCUUUCCGAUCCAACGGAUGCGGUGCGAAAUCUCCGGAGACAGGAUGCUCGUAUCAUCGUUGGAUUAUUCUAUGUAGUUGCAGCAAGGCGGGUCCUCUGCGAAAUGUACAAACAACAGCUUUACGGCAGGGCAUAUGUAUGGUUUUUCAUUGGAUGGUACGAGGACAACUGGUACGAAGUGGAUCUCAAAAACGAAAAUAUAUCAUGUACCAAGGAACAGAUGCGAAUGGCAGCACAAGGCCAUCUGACUACCGAAGCAUUAAUGUGGAAUCAGAACAAUCAGAAAACUAUCUCAGGAAUGUCAUCUGAAGAUUUUAGAAAACGAUUGAACGACGCGCUCAAGGAAGAUUACGAUAUAAGUCAUAACCGCUAUCCUGAGGGAUAUCAGGAAGCACCGCUUGCAUACGACGCUGUGUGGAGUGUGGCCUUAGCAUUCAACAAAACUAUGCAAAAACUCAAGGAAAUGAAUGUGGGAAAAAAUCUAAAAGAUUUCACUUACACCGAUAAGGAGAUUGCGGACACAAUUUACGCCGCUAUGAAUUCAACACAAUUCCUCGGCGUGUCAGGCUGGGUUGCGUUCAGUUCCCAAGGUGAUCGUAUUGCUUUGACCCAAAUAGAACAGAUGAUCGAUGGACAGUACUACAAGUUGGGUUAUUACGAUACACAAGCUGAUAAUCUCUCCUGGUUCGACAUGGAGAAGUGGGACGGUGGUAAGGUACCCCAAGACAGAACAAUCGUGCGACGAGUUUUGAGAACAGUGUCGCUGCCAUUAUUCAUCUGCAUGAGCACUGUCUCCGGUUGUGGCAUUGUAGUUGCGAUAACACUCAUCAUCUUCAACAUAUGGCAUCGGCAUCGAAGAGUUAUACAGUCAUCACAUCCCGUAUGUAACACUAUCAUGCUUUUCGGAGUAAUCACCUGUUUGGUGUCGGUAAUUCUGCUUGGAAUUGACGGACAUUUUGUUACGCCUGAAAAUUAUCCCAAGAUAUGCCAAGCGAGAACCUGGAUUUUAUCUAUAGGCUUUACGUUAGCUUACGGGGCUAUGUUCAGCAAAAUUUGGCGCGUGCACAGAUUCACUACAAAAGCUAAGACAGACCCCAAAAAAAAAGUGGAACCAUGGAAAUUGUAUACAAUCGUGACGGGCCUGCUCACAGUGGAUUUGGUGAUUCUUUUAACAUGGCAAAUUCAGGAUCCGUUGCAGCGGCGACUAGAAACGUUUCCCCUGGAGGAACCUCAGUCUUCCAGCGACGACGUAAAAAUUCGCCCGGAACUCGAGCACUGCGAAAGCCAUAACAAUUCAAUAUGGCUGGGUGUUAUCUACGGAUUUAAGGGACUCAUACUCGUGUUCGGUCUAUUUCUUGCGUAUGAAACACGUUCCAUCAAAGUGAAACAGAUUAACGAUUCACGAUACGUUGGUAUGAGCAUCUAUAACGUUGUAGUUCUAUGUCUCAUUACUGCCCCGGUAGCGAUGGUAAUCGCUUCACAGCAAGACGCAUCUUUCGCGUUCGUCGCACUGGCAGUAAUAUUUUGCUGUUUUCUCAGUAUGCUGCUGAUAUUUGUGCCAAAGGUAAUUGAAGUUUUACGGCACCCAAAAGACAAGGUCGAGUCGAAAUUCAGCAACGAAACAGGAGUUUCGAAGGAAGAUGAAGAACGAUACCAAAACAUGGUAACGGAAAAUGAUGACCUUCAAAAACUAAUUGCUCAAAAAGAAGAAAAAAUUCGAAUAUUAAAACAACGAUUAGCUGAAAAGGAGUCGGGAGUGAUGAGUGACAAACCUCCAUUCGGUGAUACAUACACUGCAAGUAACAAUGCUCAAUUCAACAACAACCAGUUGAAAGUUGCAGCCUCGACAGGAGUCACACAAGACCUUCUUGACGAGCGAAUAUGAGAAUUAAGUCAAUUUACAACCACGUGAUAGUUGCUAGUAAGAUUUUCCCGUUUUUGAUAAAUGAUAUGAUCAAUUCAUCUCGACGUCGGAUUUUAAAAUCUUUCAUCCAUUGUAAAUAGAAUGCGAAUCACCCAUAAAUUCACGUCCUUUUUUCUACGAAGUGUUGGAGUUUUGUAUAAACGUAUUCAAAGGUAGUGAUAAUUUAAGAAAAUCAUGUUAUAUUUAAUUCUGGAAAUCUUUGGACGAUCUUUUGUAAAUACAAAUUUUAAUAUGGGUGUGUUUAAAGGGAACAAUUAAGAUUGUUACAAUAUGUUCGCUUAAACUAGAUUCAUUUUUAGAGAUGUUACAAAAUUAGUUUUACACUUCAGGAUGGAAAAAGACGAAGGCUACAAUGAAUUAAUAAUACAGGCUUGUGAAAAUUUUUAGAAAAAAAAAAUGUAGAAAUAGUUACGACAUAGCUAGAAAAAGAUUUAGAAAAUUUUAAUGAAAAACUGAUUAGGUUAUUAUUGGCAAGGAGCAUUUUUCAAUCACUUGCCUAUUCGACGACACAUUUAAAAGGAACGUUAAAGUCGCAGAAACUCAUGGAAACCAAUGAACGAUUCAGUCAAUACAAUCAGCCAAACAGCAAACAGAUAUAAAUGUAAACAUCCAUCAUAGUUUCACAAACAUCUUUUUUUCGUCAGCAAACAUGUUAAAAAAUUAUGAAUGCAUCUUCUGAAAGCAGCUAGACUUGUGAAUCGAAUGAAUUGUGAAAGUUAGAGACGAAUUAGAGACAUGCAUAGUUUAAAGCCUAUUAAAAACAAACCAGAAGAAAAUCUGCCAGUUAGGAAAAGAAUCAAAGGAUUAUGAGGAAAACUGUUAGGUCACUGAUCACCAAGGUUAGAUCAUUUGAGUGUUUAAUAACGUUUUCCAAAGAAACAUUCAUUCUUUUACGGGAAACUCUGACCAGUCAGCUAAACACCCACUUUCCUUGCUUCCCAACGCAUGCAAUCGCUUGUAAAUUAUUCAGCGGGUGAUUCGUGAUGCUGAAGUAGGCUCUUCUAGCGUUUGAAACCGCUUCUCAUCAAGCAAUGUCCACAAUUCGACGACUUCCAAGGUUUUUAGCCUUCGUUAACGAGAGUUGCACCGUUUUUGGAAUUACAGAACGAAUCGCAUUGCAUAUUUCAUUACACAGUCUCAAAUAUCGUAUUCAAAUU